AGUCCGGCGAGGUGAAGCACAGUGGAGGAGGAACUGAAGGAAACUGGGAGCUGGGCUGUGUUUUUCCCUUUCAUAUGAGCGCAGAGUCUCCAGCGUGAAGAAUGCGGACAGGACUAGGCAAACUACUGCUUUUACACGUGUUCCUCAUGGAGACUUUUUAUACUAAAGGGAGUGAGACAGCUUGUGAAACGGGACAGUUCCGGUGUAGAAACGGCAGGUGUAUUCCCACACCGUGGAGAUGCGACGACGACGACGACUGCUCCGACAACAGCGACGAGGAGCACUGCUUGAAGACCACAUGUUCUUCGGCAGAUUUUACCUGUAAGAGCGGACAGUGUGUGCCAGCUCGCUGGAAGUGUGACGGAGAGCCUGAAUGCCUAGACGAAUCUGACGAGGCUGAAUCUACCUGCAAUAAGCAGACAUGUCCACCCGAGAAGUUUGACUGUGGAGGCAACACGAACAAAUGUGUGUCUCUGUCCUGGCGCUGUGACGGGGAGACGGAUUGCGAAAACGGAGCGGAUGAGGAACACUGUGCAGCCGAUGCGAAGGUUUGUCCGCCGAAAGAGUUCCAGUGCCGGAACGGCAUGUGCGUGGCCCCAGGCUUUGUCUGCGAUGGUGACGAUGACUGCGGAGACAACAGCGAUGAAGAGAAGUGCACAUCACACACAGCCACCACAUGCAGUCCUCAGGAGUUCCGCUGCAACAACUCCGAGUGUAUCCCGGCUCUGUGGAGCUGCGACGGCGACCCUGACUGCAAGGAUAAAUCAGACGAGUCGGUGGAGCGCUGUAGCAGCAGGAACGAGCCGCAGAAGCCAGGCUGCCCAGCUGGAGAGUUCCAGUGUGGCAGCGGAGAGUGCGUCCAUCUCAACUGGAAAUGUGACGGGGACCCGGACUGCAAGGACAAGUCCGACGAGACAAACUGUCCUCUGCUUACCUGCAGGCCGGAUCAGUUUCAGUGUGGCGAUGGCUCCUGCAUUCACGGCACUAAACAGUGUAACCGUGAGCACGAUUGUCCAGACUUCAGUGACGAAGCAGGCUGCAUCAACAAGACUACUAAAUGCGAAGGGCCGCUGAAGUUCAUGUGUAAUAACGGAGAGUGUAUUGAUAGCAGCAGGGUGUGCGACAACAUCAAGGAUUGUAAGGACUGGUCAGACGAGCCUAUGAAGCAGUGUGGCCUCAAUGAAUGUGCCAAUAACAAUGGUGGCUGCUCUCACAUAUGCAGGGACCGGCGGAUAGGCUACGAGUGCGACUGUCCUUCAGGUUACACGCUGCUGGAUCAGAGGACUUGUGGAGACAUAGACGAAUGUGAGAACCCAGACGCCUGCAGUCAAAUUUGCAUCAACUACAAAGGCGACUACAAGUGUGAAUGCUACGAGGGCUAUGAAAUGGAUCCAGUUUCUAGCACGUGCAAGGCUGUGGGUCAAAGUCCAUACCUGAUGUUCACCAACCGCCACGAGAUCCGGCGGAUUGACCUGGUGAAGAGGGACUACACGCAGGUGGCGCCCACCCUGAAAAAUGCUGUGGCAUUGGACGUGGACGUCACCACAAACAAGAUGUACUGGUGUGACCUUUUCCAUCGCAAGAUCUUCAGUGCAUACAUCAACAAAGCCAGUAACUCAUCUGAGCAGGUCACGCUUAUCGAUUCAGCACUACAUUCCCCAGAAGGCAUAGCUGUCGAUUGGGUCCACAAUAACAUCUACUGGACUGACUCCGGACACAAAAGCAUCUCCGUUGCUACUACUGAUGGAAAAAAGAGAAAAGUGUUGGUUGAUAACGAGCUGAGGGAACCACGGGCGAUUGCUCUUGACCCCAGACAAGGGUUCAUGUACUGGUCAGACUGGGGGGUGCAGGCUAAAAUUGAGAAGGCUGGGCUGAAUGGCGUGGACCGCCAGGUGCUGGUCUCGGAGCGAAUCGAAUGGCCUAAUGGGAUUACUUUAGAUUUGUCCAGCAGACGUCUGUACUGGGUAGACUCCAAACUCCACCUCAUCUCCAGUGUGGACCUGAAUGGGGAUAAUCGCAGGGUUCUGCUCUCGUCUACAGAGCACCUGGGCCACCCAUUCGCCCUCACGCUGUUCGAGGACCGAGUAUAUUGGACCGAUCUGGAGAACGAGGCUAUCUACAGUGUGAACCGGCUAACAGGCCAUGAUAUAUCCAUGCUGGCGCAGCACCUGAACAGCCCGCUGGACGUGGUGGUGUUCCAUGAGCUCCGGCAGCCCAAAGCUCCAGACAGCUGUAAUAUGGGGAGUUUGCCCAACGGAGGCUGUGAGUACCUGUGUCUGAGAGCGCCGCAGAUCACAGAGCACUCGCCCAGAUACACGUGCGCCUGUCCUGACGACGCUGAGCUCGGCCCAGACAUGCGCCGCUGUGUCGCAGUACCAAAGCCCAAGACUACAACAACUACACCUUCUACGACCACAAAAAAGGAGCCGUAUACACCUUCCACACCUCCGUCAACCACUCCAACUUCGACCACUACCACCAGUACGACGGCGUCUACUCCAAGUGCGCCAACUGCUUCAAGCACGCCUGCUCCUUCUACCACACACAGCACCACAGCUUCAUCUCUGUUAACCACACCACCUUCCACCACCGUGCAUUCAACUCCAUCACAAUCUCCCUCAACAAGCAGCACUCAGAGCAGCACCACACUACCAUGGCAACAUCCCGUCUCCACCCAGAACACUACAGACAGCAGUCAAACACCCAGAUCCACCACCGUCUCUCCAAAAGGCAAAUCAAACAGCGGGGACAGCAACCUCUCACACCGCGCUGCGGGUGGUCACUUCUUCCUAGGGAACAACAUCACCGUGGCAGUUCUGGGUGUCGUCAUCCCUAUAGUUCCUAUCCUUGCCACAGUGGUCCUCACCCUGGCGUGCACCGGAGGCUACCUGGUCUGGCGCAACUGGAGGCGGCGCAACACCAAGAGCAUGAACUUCGACAACCCAGUGUACCGCAAGACCACCGAGGAAGACGACGACGAGAUCCACAUCGGCCACAGCGAACAGAUCGGCCACAUCUACCCAGCCCGCGUGGCGCUCAGUGUGGACGAUGACGGAUUACCCUGAGGUUGUUUUCUCCUCCCCUCCCUCCCUCCAUCCCUGUGUCCAUCUAUCCACUUGUUUGGGACCAUCGGUCUGGUGGGGAGCCUGCAGCACUGCACAGCAAAGCACAGAGAGAGCAGGACACACACACACACACACACACACACACACGCAUGCACACGCUCUCUGUGGUGUAAGUGCUAUGUCCUUUAGAGGCUGUGUAGUUCUUCUCACUGAUUAGAGACUAACACUAACCUGUAGGUCUUCUAGCUCUGCUCUUUAUUACUGCGUCUCCGGCAGGAGCACUAGUAAUUAUUCCCCUUUAAUGAUGACCAACUUUACAGAACGCUGCUUCAUUAAGUAGAUACCAAGUCAUUUAAUUGCUGGUGUAAACUUGCAAAGUGUGUGGGCUGUGGGAGCAGGAAUGUGUGUGUGUGUGUGUGUGUGUGUGUGUGUGCGUGCAAGCGUGCUUUAGCACAGGAGACAGAGGUGACCGUGACUAAUCUGCUUUGUUAGCACUGGACCAUUUUAUGAUGAAGACUUUUUGUGGAGCACACACACACACACACACACACACACACACACACACACACACACACACACACACACACUGUAAAUUUCUGAUGCAGCACUACAGUAUAUUAUGUUAUGUCUGCAGGCAGGUCUUAGAUGAAAUAAGAAAGGACAUAUGACUUAUUAAAAAAAAACAGUCAAUAGGAGAUAAAUGGUCACGUCAUUCCUCGCAGCAGUCUUCUAGCACCACGUCAGCUGUAUUUAGAUGUCUUCCCUACAUGACGGAUUCAGAGAGACUUUUAAGGAUUUUAGGAUUUGAGGUUGAAAUUGUGAACGUGUGUCUUCAGAGCACCAACAACAGAGCUUCCAUGACCCAAAGCCUGUCACUCCUGAGCUCUUCCCAGUCUCAUCGUCAUCAGCGUAUACUGACAAACGUACACUGCUCCUGAGCUUUCUUCUGCUCUCCAAUUCAGCGUACACUCUCAGAUCAUUUAGUGUUCCUUGUCGCUGGAGUGGUUCCCUCAGUCGCAGGGGCACGAGAAGGUGUUUUACAUGGGGGUGCUGGAAUUUCAAGCAGCACAGAUUUAUGAUACAUAAGCGAGUGUAUCAUAAAUAAUCGGUUUAUCUGAAUGUGCUCGUUCUAAUACGUUAGCAUUCCUGUAACAGCUCAUUCGCAGGGACUUGUAUGACUUGAUUCUAUAAUCCAAGCCUAAUGAUAAACAGAUUCAAAGCAUCUGGUUGCAUAACAAAGAAAAUGAUAUAGUCGUUGAUAUGGUGAGGUUUUCUGUCUGGAGACGUUGUGUGUAUCACGCCACUCGUCUGUGUCCGCCACAUAAACGUCCACUUCCUAGUUCACAACCGUCACUACAGUAGUGUAGCGAAUAUAAGUUUUGAUUUACAACAUGAAGACGAAAAUUAAGAAGGGGUGCAGACAGAAGCACCUUUAACAGGAAUGUACAAAUCAGUGUGAGCUAGCUAGCAGCUUGUGAACAUGCUAUAACGGGAGGGUGGCUUCUUCAGGAUCUAGUUCCAAGAGCGGAGCAACAAUAAACAUAACGUUUGGCUAUAUUCUGUCUGAAAUGUCACUCAAUAUUAAUGACUUGUUUAUGGGACUGUUAUAUAUAUUAUAUAUAUGUUAUAUAUUGUAUAUAUAACUGCAAGUUGCUUGUGAUAUCUCACAAGCAAGAGUGUGGUUAUACUGAAUAUCAGCGACCGCAAUAUUACUUCAUUCUAUCUACGACAUACAAAUUCCAAAACUACUAAGUUUAAAGUUUGUUUAUUAUUUAUUUGUUUCUUUAUUAUUAUUAUUAUUAUUAUUAUUAUUAUUAUUAUUAUUAUAACAGUUUCAGCUGUAUUUGCAGUUAAUGAAAUUCACGGUUCCUACAGCACUCUUUCACUGUCUUUCAUGGAUUUAGUCAUUUAAGGUGCACCACAUGCACCUUUUUAGGUAAAAGACAGACCUACAUACUAAACCCUUAAAGAUACCACUCCAGUGACGAGGAAAGGCUGUUUCUCAGAGUGUAUGCGUUUUACCGUUGUUGGUUAGGACAUAUUUUUCGUGCUGUUUUUGUCUGAUUGAUAGAUAGCAGAAACAUUAACAGAGUAGUGUAGGUCAGGGGAAAGUUAGCUAGUUAGCCAGCUAUGAACUGAGAUCUGUCAUGGAUUAGGUUUUUCAUAACGUCCAGUAACCGAACAUACACAGUACUGUGCAAAGGUUUUAGGCACCCUAUUUAUUUAUUUAUAAUAUUUUUGUACAAACUUUUGUUAUAGAUUUUUUUAUUUGAUGACUUCUACGUUAUGGAGUCAGUACAAAAAAACAUUUUAGAUUCCCGAACAUUAGUUUUCCAGCACAAAAUGAAAUGUUACAGAAAAAUGUUUGUUUGUCGGUAAAGAAAGCGGAGUAUUACGUAAGAGACACUUUUCAGACAGAAAACAUAAUGAAUUCUGCUGGAUUUUGCUGCAAAAAUAAGAAGCGAGUGCGACGGUCAAAAUCUCCAGAAGACCCGUGAUUGGUUCUGCAAGAUGCUCAAUAACACUUACAGCUCGUUUCAUUAUAAACCUGCACUAACUCUACCGGAGACCACUAUUUAAUGAUUUUUUUUUAAAGCAAAGGGUCAUCACACCAAAUACUGACUUUGUUUCAUUUAUUACUGUUUAUUGCUCUUUGUAGUAUUCUUUUAUGUAGAAACAUUUCACUUCAUUAUUUUGAAGACAUCUUUGCUCAACAUGCAUUUCUUUGCAUGUGCCUAAAACUCUUACACGGUACUGUACAACAUACGAACAUAUACAGAGCAAAGGGGGGGAAAACUGAGCAGGAUGGAGAUGUUAGACAUUAUCAUACUGGUUUUCAUUCAUGCUGUGCUUGUCUUAGAGCUCUGACGAAUAAAAACUAGAGAUGCACCGAUAUUAAAUUUCUCAGCCGAUACCGAUAACCGAUUCUUCAGAGUGAUAUCGGCCGAUACCGAUAGUUCUGCCUUUUAUGCCUUCUUUUAAAUGAAUAAUAAUUAAUUCCACAAUUCUGAAAGAAAUGCAAAUAUAAACUUUAUUCUCUCCAUUUCAACAAGUUGUUCCACAGUAACUGGUCUCAUGAACAGAACACACUUUACUCACAUUAACAUUAACACAUGAACUCAAUUCUGAAGAUUAACGUAAGACUUCUUAACUUAUUGAAUUUUAUUAAUUCAUAUUAACAUUGACUGAAUUGUAAAAAAAAAAAUAUCCUCCUGUUAGUCUCACAUUCACUCUCCACUAACAAAAGCAUUUCUACUUCAUCACUGAACAUCAAACUGCUAAUAUAUAAUAUCAACUUUAUAUAUUAACAUUAACUGGAUAUGAAAUACACUACUCUACCAAUAUAUUUUUCUGUGCAAUAUAUACUUUUUUGUCAACUCGUCUUCAUUUAAAUCUUUCAACGGUGUUCUGUCGCCUUAAUUCAGCAUGAGCAGCACGUCAAAAAAAAUUUUGACCAGAAACUCCCGCUUCACUGCUGCAGCGUCCGGUGUAAAAUUUGCUCAGCGCAGAGAUUACAGAGAUCACAAACUGCAGUUUUAUCGUCGUUCCACACAAGACACAUCAUCUUUACACACAGCACGAAAUCCAUGUGUUUUCCCGCCUUCUUUUGCCUGACAGGGUAUAAUCAACCCUGAUCAUCGGAUGUUUCUAAAAUAUAAACCGAUUAUCGGCCGAUACAUCGCUGCGUCUCUAAUAAAAACAAAUGAAAGCUGAUUCAGACGGACAGACUGAGUCACAUGGCCAGUAAUAAGUUUAAAACCCACAUACAAAUACAACCGUGAAUUCCUUUUUUUGAAAAGGGGAAAACAAGCAAAGAAGUUUUUGUUGUAUUACACUAAAAUAUAUUUUUUUUCUGUAAAAUAUUUUUUUUAAUAAAACAUUGACACAUUUUUUAAUUAUUUCUACCACUUUUACCACAUGUCUAAAAAUAAAACCUGUUGACUGAAGGACACUGCAGUGUGAACAGAGUCAACCUGGUAGUACAUGUAGGCUACAGACCGUACAGGCUUUAUUCUGUUUUUAUUACAUUUUAUUUCAGAUUAUAAAUAGUGGGUAAUUACAGUAUUCUUAUAUUGCAGCACCUGGAAUAUCCUGCUGGUUUAUUUCAGGAGAAAUACGAGACAAUUUUUUUUUGUAUUAUUUAUUGUUAGAGAUUAUUAUUAUUUUUUGUUCUAAAUUUUGGGCCGGAAGGUGGCUUAGUGGUUAGCACGUUCUUCUCGCACCUCCAGGGUCGGGGGUUCGUUCCCUGCCCCUGCCCCUGCUCUGCGUGUGUGUAGAGUGCUGCGGGGGUUUCCUCCGGGUACUCCGGUUUCCUCCCCCAGUCCAAAGACAUGCAUGGUAGGCUCUUUGGCCUGUCCAAAGUGUCCGUAGUGUAUGAAUGGGUGUGUGAAUAUGUGUGUGAGUGUGUCCUGUGAUGGAUUGACACCCCGUUCAGGGUGUACCCCGCCUUGCUCCCUGGGAUAGGCUCCAGGUUCCCCGCGACUCAGUAAGGAUCAACGGUAUAGAAAAUGGACGGAUGGAUGUUUUCAUUUUAAAACAAAAAACAAAUGAACAAAAUAUACAUGAACCCUUGAAUGUUUGCUUUUGAAAUCUUUCCUGCUGAAAUCAGAUUUGAGCUGAUGUGCAGUAUCUGUUGUAUAUAACCUACUAAAGGUGACGCCGUUAACCACGUCGACUGUUAACCACAUGUCUGAGAGAUUAACUGUAGAUCACAGCGCACUAUCAAAUAUUCAUGAGCUCGUUGUUUGACAUGACAGUAGAAACUGUUGAGUUGAUCUGAGCGUGCAGGCUUCCUGCACAUAUCCGGGUCCAGACUACAAGAUUAAUGAGCACUCGUUUAUUUCUGUAACACUCGUCCCUGUAUGACCCAGACUCGAAUGUAAUAAAGCCCUGUAGUCAAGAGAUCCGAGUACAGAAAUAGCUUUAUAUUCAAUUCGGUUUUAUUUUUGUAUAACACUUUUUGACGUCAGAGAUUUAAGACAAAAAGAGCAUGAAUCAUUUUUUUUUUAAGCCAGCAUGAGGCCAGGAGAUGAUCUAGGGUUCGUUACAAGAGGAUUUUUUUUGCUAGAAGGUAUAAACCUAAAACAUAGCAUUCCAUCAGUAAUCUCAGAGAAGAUGAACUGAAGAAGUUUUUUUUUCCAGACAAUUUUCCAGACAACACUUUGUGUUGUGAUUAGUCCCAACUCCUGCACUAGGAGGACUGUGAUGAAUGCAAAUGGCGUAGUGACCAUGACAGACCCCCUCUCAUGCUAUAGAUCGGUCCCUCGCAGAAACGAACGCAAAAUCAAGCAAAUUCGAAGAAGCGUGGAAUUGUUCAAAUCUACCGCAGAUUUUCCGCCUAUUCCGGCCAAUACGCGUCACGUGACAUCAUCACAACACGCAUUCAGCCAAAGCCCUCUUUGAUUCACGUGCGUCGAAGAUGAGUACAGCGAAAAGGUCUCAUUUACCAACAGACAUCACUGUGAGAAAAUUGCGAUUGCAAUUUCACCAAUUCAAGUAGAUUUCCGCAAAAAAAAAAAAAAAAAAGCACAAAAACUCUGCGACUUGCAUCGCAAAUUAAAAAAAAUUAAAAAGUCGCACCAAAAAUCAAGCGUUUUUGGCCUCAACAUUCAGAAUAAACCUCUACUGAUUCCUGUACGGACUGAUAGAUACUGUUCUAUUAUCUGAAAACUACUGCUUACAUGAAUAUCACUCGACAUCUAUCUUACUUCCUUUAUCUUGAAAUCAGUUUCAUUUUUUUUUUUUUUUGUUAAACAUUAAGAAAAAGUGUAACCAUUUUCUAAAUCUAACCAGCUGCUUUUCAAUAACCUGCCUAGCAAAAAGAGGCUGUUGUAGUAAACAUAAAUCAACUAAAAUUGGCUAGCUGGCUAGCAGGAUUGUAAUUGGAGUAACUAGCAGGAUUGUAAUUGGAGUAACUAGCAGGAUUGUAAUUGGAGUAACUAGCAGGAUUGUAAUUGGAGUAACUAGCAGGAUUGUAAUUGGAGUAGCUAGCAGGAUUGUAAUUGGAGUAACUAGCAGGAUUGUAAUUGGAGUAACUAGCAGGAUUGUAAUUGGAGUAGCUAGCAGGAUUGUAAUUGGAGUAACUAGCAGGAUUGUAAUUGGAGUAACUAGCAGGAUUGUAAUUGGAGUAGCUAGCAGGAUUGUAAUUGGAGUAGCUAGCAGGAUUAAUUAGAGUCGCUAAGCCUAGCUAGUAGGCUAGCUAGUUAGUACUUCUCUAUAAAAUGUCUUUUAUCAUUUUAUUGUGGAAUCCCCACUUUAUUUUAUCUGUCAUUGCAGUUGCUGGACAUUUCGUGUGUAAUUUAACUUGGAUAGAGACCUCAAGGACCUUUUUUUUGUAAGAGGGACCACAACGGCUAAUCAGCAAGUAAGAACUGUGUAAAAUACGCCACACUCUGACUGCGAUACGCUUUGAACCGUGGUGUAAAUGCUGGAACGGAGAAUAUUUUGCUGCUGGUGUUAAAUCAGAAGCGACGGUACGCAUUCAUUUGAUCGUGUGUUUUUAGUUCAUGACGCGGAAGUGGCUUAGUGUGAUAUAGGCUCUAGAAUGUUAGCUUGUACGCUAACGUAAACAUUCAUUUCAGACAUUUUGGGGCUACAUCAAGACGUGUUUUGUGCUGUACGCUUGCCUUAACUGUGAGUCCACAUGUGAGACUAGAAUUUCAGACUAUUUUUUACACAAGACUGUUGCAGUAGAGGAAAACGCUGCACCGGUCAAUCUUUUAUACACGAUACCGAACGAGACCUGCUUCUGUACUCGCUCUGCUGUGCUUCAUGUUAACCGUUGGAGUUUGCACUGCAGAGGUUUUAACACUGAAAGCAAUGAAGCAGUGGUGUGUUUUUUUGUUGUUGUUGUUUGUUUGUUUUUAACAUUAUGGACUUCUCAAUCUUCCUGACUCAUACUUCCAAUACGUUUUUUUUGUUUUUUUUUGACAAUAUGACUAAUGAUUAGAACGACGUACUUCUAAGAUUUCUACGAAUCUUACACAAGCAAUACAGGGUAAUUUUAUUACUUGUCUUUGGACAUGCUGGUGUUUUUUCUAUAUGUACCUAGUGAUUUAUGGCGGUUUUUACCGUUUAGAGAUGAGAGCUCUGCGCAUUUUGUACGUAGCCUUUACCGCAUCACGGCAUCAUUGGGUUUAUUAGAGGUCGCCCGUCUUCUUUUAAAGGGAUACGCGGAUGCUUUGAGUUGAAGAAGUACAUGGGAUGUGGUCGACGGAUACGUAUUUAUUGUGCGCUUGUAUUAAGUUCUACACCAAGAUGUUUAGAUGUUGACUAAUCCCCAACCUCUAGUAGACGUCAGUGCUUUCUGUUUUCUUACUCUAUGCAUAUCUGAAGGUAGUCCCUGCCUUCCUGCAGUGCAGUGCAGGGUUGCACCGUGCUGCUCCUUCCUCUCUCUUCAUAUCAUAUCGUAUCAUAUCAUCGCAUUACAUCUCAUUUCUCACCACUAACAUCAAUUUUUUAACCCGUCCUCACUUUUCACUCAUCCCGGAACGGAUGUUUUUGAAAGGGCUAUCUUUUCCCUCAUGAGGAAAACACGCUAGGCAAAGUGGAAGAACAAGCCGGAAGCUGUCACGGAACCGUACGGCGCCUCCUUCCUCACUGAGAGCAGAGCGCCCCCUAUUGAUCCUUCCUACCAAGCAGUACUGCUGACUUGCCUGUACGCUGACUCCCUCUCAUCCUCGGUCUUUUGUGAUCUGUGAAUAUAAUGACCUCCAUUUUGAUUUCCCUCGCGAGAUCGUGUACUACUUGAACAAAUGUCCAGACUCAUCUCUUUUUCUUUUUUUCCUUUUUUUUUUUUUCUUCUUCUUCUUCUUCUUCAAUGUUGAUGUACAGUAUCAGGAAGCAGAUCUUUUCUCUCAGGGAACCGUUUCUUUAACGUGUUCCUAAAAAAAAUAAAAUAAAAUAAAAAAAAAACAUUGAAAAGAAAAAAAAAAAAAAAGCAUUUUCUACACUGUUCGUUGCACAAACUUUUCGAGAAGCCUUCUGCACUGUGUAAAUGAUUACAUAGGGGAAGGGGGAAGGGG